AUGGAUUUCAGAGGAAGCUUUCAAAUAAUCGACUACGUCAUUUGCGUCCUUCUUUCACAAGGUGCAUAUUGCGGAAAUAGACAACUAGCAAUUCGUUUUGCAGCGGCUGCCUGGUGUCUAGCUUGUUUCGUUCUUGUUCAAGCUUACAGUUCAACGCUGAUUGCUUUCAUCACGUCACCCAAUAAUAAACCUAUCAUUAAUUCAGUGUACGAUAUUGAAAAAGUACCAGGUCUUAAAAUCACAGUCAAUAGAAACUUCGCAGCAGAUUUAAGGCUGCUGCAAACCAAUUUCAGUAUUUUCAGGAAACUUGGUGAUUCAUUGAGAGAAGACCCGAGUCUUCGUUGCAAUAAAACGGAGCUUUGCCUUGAUAAAGUUCGAUCUGGGGAUCAUGUUUACAUUCACGGAAAACCGGUCGUCCAGAAAAUCAUUUCCAUGGAUCGAGAGAAGACAGGUUCGUGCCAUUUUACAAUGGCUAAAGAAUCCUUUUGGCCAGGCCAUCUUUAUUUUUUCUUGCCAAAGAAAAGUCCAUACACAGAAACUAUUAACAGAGGUAUUCUAAGGAUGCAGGAAACUGGAAUAUUGGGAAAGUCGAUAGAAACAUUCAAUCCGGAAGUGACGAAAUGUUCAUUAAAGUACAACGUAAAGAAAUCCGGAAAACCUCGAAUUAGUUUAAAAAAUCUGACAAGCGCUUUUACCCUGUUAUUAUUUGGGAUCUGCGUUUCAAUACUUACUUUAGUUGUCGAACUGAUAUAUCAUCUUCGCCACUUCACUUCUUCUCGUUAG